AUGGCGGCGGCGAGACAAUUACGCACUCUCCAAUCUCAGCCGGAAAACAAGGUAUGCGUCGACUGUGCUCAGAAGAAUCCGCAAUGGGCAUCGGUUUCAUACGGAAUCUUCAUGUGCUUAGAGUGCUCCGGUAAGCACCGAGGAUUAGGCGUUCACAUCUCUUUCGUCAGAUCCGUCACCAUGGAUUCAUGGUCUGAGAUCCAGAUCAAGAAGAUGGAAGCAGGAGGCAACGAACGUCUCAACAAAUUCUUCGCCCAAUACGGAAUCCCUAAAGAGACUGAUAUCAUUUCCAAGUACAAUUCCAACGCUGCAUCUGUGUAUCGUGAUCGGAUCCAGGCUUUAGCCGAAGGUAGGCCAUGGAAUGAUCCACCAGUCGUCAAGGAAGCGAUUCGCGGCGGAGGUGGUGUGGGGAUGAAUAAGAAACCUCCGUUGGCUCAGGGCGGUUACGGUAACAACAACAACGGAGGAGGAUGGGAUAGUUGGGAUAACGAUGAUUCCUACAGAUCUUCAACAGAUAUGAGACGGAAUCAAUCGGCGAAUGAUUUUAGGGCAACGGGAACUCGUUCUGGUAGUGCGCCGGUGAAAUCGAAGUCGUCGGAGGAUAUCUAUUCCCGAUCGCAGCUUGAGGCUUCAGCUGCGGGGAAGGAGAGUUUCUUUGCGAGAAGAAUGGCGGAGAAUGAGUCUAAGCCUGAAGGACUUCCUCCAUCGCAAGGUGGUAAGUAUGUAGGUUUUGGAUCAAGCUCAGCUCCACCACCGAAAAACAAUCAACAGGAUGAUGUUUUCUCCGUUGUCUCUCAGGGUUUGGGAAGAUUGUCUCUUGUUGCCGCAUCUGCAGCUCAGUCAGCUGCAAGUGUUGUUCAGACAGGAACCAAAGAUUUCACAUCCAAGGUGAAGGAAGGUGGAUAUGAUCACAAGGUGAGUGAAACUGUUAAUGUAGUAGCGAAUAAGACAACAGAGAUAGGACAAAGGACAUGGGGAAUCAUGAAAGGAGUAAUGGCAAUUGCGACACAGAAGGUCGAAGAGUACACUAAAGAAGGAACAACAAGCUGGAAUCAACAGAGUGAAAAUGAGAGCAAUGGUUACUACCAGAACUUUGGGAAUGGUAAUAAAACAGCGAAUUCAUCUGUCGGAGGAGGAGGAGGUUCGCAGUCAUCAUCAAGUGGUCACUACAACAAUUCUCAGAAGUCAAAUUCUUGGGACGAUUGGGGAAAUGAGAAUAAGAAGGAAGCAGCAGCUCCGAAGGGGCCAUCAGCUUCUAAUGAUGAUGAUGGCUGGACCGGUUGGGAUGAUCAUGAUGCCAAAGAUGAUGGGUUCAAUGAUUAUUACCAAAGUGCAGGCGAUAAGAAAUCUGUUGGUCACAACGGGAAAUCAGACACCGCUUGGACCGGUGGAGGUUUUCUCUAA